GAAAAAUAUUUUUAAAAUAAACGAAAAAUCAAUUAACGAUUUUAAACGUAAAUCUUAAAAAAAACUCAGUGUUAACAAAAUCAAGUAUUAAAGAAAAACAAUGUCAAGUGUAACUUGUAAUCAAACAAAUUCACAACAACAUUUAUUUCCCACAACCAUUGUAACGGCUACAAAAAUGAUGAAAUAUCCUCAUAUACAACCCCAUCCCAUAGCGGAGGAUGGCAAAACGCGUAAAGUGCCGGCUAAUUGUCCAGCUGCUUAUAAUCCCGAUCAAACUCAAUCGGUCUUACGUCGCAAUGCUCGUGAACGUAAUCGUGUUAAACAAGUGAAUAAUAGUUUUUCGCGUCUUCGUCAGCAUAUACCACAAUCCAUCAUUGCUGAUCUAACCAAGGGCGGUGGUCGCGGUCCACAAAAGAAGAUAAGUAAAGUAGAUACAUUGCGUAUAGCAGUGGAGUACAUCAGAAGAUUGCAAGAUCUUUUAGAAGAUUUAAAUGGUGGCAGCUCUUCGCAACAACAGCAGCAACAAUAUGAAUCUCAAAAUAAUGCAAACUGUGAUUCCGCCAGUAAUAGUUCCUUCAGCAGUUCUUCAUCCACUGGUUCUUCAUCGCCUUCAUCUUAUACCACCAAUACUCCAAUCUAUUAUACCCAGCCUUCAAGUCCUUUGCCUUCCCUAAUGGAUGCCAAUCUACAAGUAUCACAUUUAAAUAAUCCCUACAACAACAGCACUACUCUCCUAUCACCAGUGUCACUCAAUUCCUAUUCUCCACCUCAUCAUCAAACUGUUCAAUUGGAAAACACCGGUUGCCAUUCACCCACCUCAUCUUUCAAUUCCAGUUUAUCAUACGAUACGCCAAAUUUUGAACAACCUCAACAACCAACAGUCCAAGAAUUGCAACAACAUUUUCAGCCACAACAACAAACUACUCCACCUCAUUUUGAUGGCAACUUACAAUUAAAAUUCGAACCAUACGAUAAUUUUACCCUCGAUGAGGAGGACUGUACACCAGAUGAUGAGGAAAUCUUGGAUUAUAUAUCUUUAUGGCAAGAACAGUAAAAGCAAAGAGGUUAACUACUCCCUAAAAAAAUUCAAGACUGUAUAAAAUCAAUUUAAAACUCAAUAAUUUAGUUACAAAUCAGGGAUUUCUUCUAUUUUUGUUUGCCAGUGUGUAAAAUAUUUUAAAAUGUUUUUUAUUUAAGUCUAGUCAAAUUUUAAUAAUUUUGCGUGUGUAUUUAUGUGUAAAACUUUGUAAUUUAAUUUUAUAAUAUCUCAAGUGCCUUUAAUUAUUUUUUUUGUGUAAAUAAUUUAGUUUAAUUUUAUAUCUAGAAUUAAGUAGUUUAAGGGAAGACAAUGAUUUAAAAAUUUUAUUAUUUUUAGACAUUAAUUAAUGGAAGACUCUAAACUUUUUUAUAGUUUUUAAGAAAUUUUAAUUUUAAGAAAA